AUGGCACUCUCGCCCUUUGGCUCUCGUUCGCCGUCUAUGACAGUACAUUCGCCGAAUACAGCAAUCAGAUUGAGGGCAAGUGCUGUACAAAACUCUGCUAGUGGUCCAGUUGCUUCUGCAAAGGCUGCUCAGAAUGGAGAUCGAGAGCUUACCGAGCAACUGAACAUCGAUGUGCGCGACAGGUACGUCAAAGACAAGAAGCUAGGUGAAGGUACUUACGCGGUUGUAUACCUCGGCCACCUCAAACACAAUACCUCGUCCUUCGUUGCGAUUAAGAAGAUCAAGGUCAACGCAGAAUACAAAGAUGGACUCACCAUGGACGCAAUUCGCGAAGUGAAAUACCUUCAGGAGCUAGCCCAUCCCAACGUCAUCGCACUCCACGAUGUGUUCUCUUCCAAAGACCAGAACCUCAAUUUGGUUCUUGAAUUCCUUCCUGGUGGAGACUUGGAGAUGCUCAUCAAGGAUACGGACAUUCACUACGGCGCAGCUGAUAUCAAAGCCUGGAUGGGAAUGCUUGCUCGGGGUGUUUGGUUCUGUCAUGAGAACUUUGUCCUUCACCGUGAUAUUAAACCAAACAACUUGUUGAUUGCGGCAGAUGGAGAGGUCAAGCUGGCUGAUUUUGGUCUGGCUCGGUCCUUUGCUGAUCCGUAUCUCAACAUGACCCAUCAAGUUAUCACUCGCUGGUACCGGCCUCCUGAAUUGCUUUACGGUGCUCGCCAGUACUCUGGCGCAGUGGAUGUGUGGUCUAUGGGCAUGGUCUUUGCCGAGCUCCUACUCCGUGUUCCCUUUGUGGCUGGCAACACAGACUUGGAUCAGAUUUCUAAGAUCUGCGAGGCAUUUGGUACGCCGACGGAAGAUAACUGGCCUGGAGUGACGAAGCUCCCCAACUACAUUCCCACGGACAAUGGGCAACGAAUACCCUUGUCAGGACGCGACUUCUUCAUGCGACAGUUCCCCACGGCUGGACCGGUGGGAGCGGAUCUACUGAUGUCGAUGUGCGCCCUAGACCCACGCAAACGCAGUACAGCGGUGCAGGUGCUUCGAAACAACUGGUGGACCAUAGACCCCCGACCAACCAGCAAUGAAGAUCUCCCCCGGAAAUCCGGUGGAACCAAAAAGAUGGGCGAUGAUUUGACCCGACGUGGUGGGGAACUGGACGAAGGACUCUUCAAGAGCGCUGCCCGGCAACUAGAUUUCGGCCCGAUCAAAUAA